CGGUAUAACGGGAAUGUUCCCCCUUCCCCUCUGGCGCUAGACAAGGAACGGGUGUCUUCUGGACUGCUCAAUGAACACCGGUGUGAAUUGGGAGCAUUACCACAACACAGGCUACUCGUGCCAGAGUAGCGUCUGCUCUUGUGGUGGUAGCAUGGGUUCCAUCCGUGUCCUGGGACUUUACUUAAUAAUCCUCGCCGUCCUAGCAACAAACACUGCCAAGGAGAUAACAAGCAACAGAAGAUCAUUUGAAGUCGAUUACGAAAACGAUCAAUUCCUCAAGGAUGGAGAGCCAUUCCGGUACGUCUCCGGAAGUCUUCACUACUUCCGGGUCCCCAGAGAGUACUGGCAAGACAGGCUUAGGAAGUUGCGAGCAGCUGGACUCAAUGUGGUGAGCACAUACAUCGAGUGGAGUCGUCAUGAGCCAAGGAGAGGACAAUACGACUUUACAGGAGACAAUGACAUAGAGCAUUUCAUCAAGCUGGCUGAACAGGAAGGUUUACUGGUCAUCUUAAGACCUGGACCCUACAUCUGUGCUGAAAGAGAUCUGGGCGGAUACCCACCUUGGAUACUUCAUGAAAAUCUCAAAAUAAUUCUGAGAACAAAUGAUUCCAGUCACACACACCAUGUGAGGAGUUGGUUGGAGGUGUUCUUGCGAAAGAUACAACCCUAUCUCUAUGGCAACGGAGGACCAGUGAUCAUGGUUCAGAUUGAAAACGAGUAUGGUAGCUACCCCAUAUGUGAUAGAAGAUACACUUUCUGGCUGCGAGAUAUUUUCCGAAGCUAUGUCGGCUCUAACGCAGUCCUGUUCACAACUGAUGGGAACGGCAGUUUUUACCUCAGAUGUGGUCCGAUUCCUGGAGUCUUUAUAACAGUCGACUUUGGCCACGGUGUGAAUGUAACGAAUGCAUUUAAGCCUCUGAGGGCAGUCCAACCACACGGGCCUCUAGUGAACUCUGAGUUCUACACUGGUUGGUUAACUCACUGGGGAGAGCCGGAAGAAAGUGGAGCUUCUACUUCAGGCGUAGUCAACACCACUAGGAGUUUACUGGCCAUGAACGCUUCUCUUAACUUCUUCAUGUUCUUCGGUGGUACCAACUUUGGUUUCACGUCAGGUGCGAACAACCCACCGUUUCAACCACAAGUGACCUCUUACAACUACGAUGCACCAAUCUCCGAAGCAGGUGACUUGACGGACAAAUAUUUUGCAAUAAAAUCGGUCAUUUCAGAGUUUUUUCCAAUAACUGAUAUACCUGUUGGAAACUCGAGUAAGGGAAGCUACGGAAGAAUUGUCCUGGAACCAAAGAUAUCCCUGAGGGAUUCAGACACUGGGAUUGUCUACAACAACACAACGUAUCCCCAGACAUUUGAGGCCUUAGAGUUAUACAGUGGCCUGCUGUGGUAUGAGACCACUUUGCCCCUGGAUUUCUCUGGUACAUCUCUCUUAAUGGCUGAUGAUCUGCAUGACAGAGCCAUAGUCUACAUCAACAAGACAGCUGUCGGAGUACUGAGCAGAAGUACGACCACCUCAAUGUUUAUAUCAGAAGGAGCCGGCCAACCCUUAAGUCUUCUGGUGGAAAAUCAAGGUCACAUAAACUAUGGACAAAUGAUGGACUUGAAGGGUCUUGUUAAAAACGUAACUCUGGACGGAGAAGUCCUGACUGACUGGAAGCAGACAGGUUACCCUCUGGAUAAUGUCUCGCAUAUAGCAACAUUACCGACUGUAGAACACGUGGAUCUGCCGGCUUUCUACUCUGCUAGGUUCCAACUACCAGAGACCCUAGAAACACCACUCGACACCUUUGUUGAUAUGACUGGCUGGAGCAAGGGUGUUCUGUACGUGAACGGACACAAUCUUGGCAGAUAUUGGCCAGCAGAAGGACCUCAGGUGACUCUGUACCUGCCGGGUCCUUAUUUGUUCCAGUAUCCUGACUACAACACAAUACUCGUGCUAGAACUGGAGAAAAUCCAUCCUGACAGAACCAUUGAGUUUGUGCCAGCUCCUAUAUGGAAACUUAAGUUUUACGUAUAACAUUAGACAAUUAAUUUAUAUGGAAGGAUCUCGGUUACUUACUUAAUUAUUGUGAUGAUUAGGUUUAAUUCUAAUUUUUGACAAUGGCGGUGUGUAACGGGUAUAGCGAGAUGGCGAAAUCAAGCAACGUCAAGCGUGGCUGCUGUUUGGAUGGGUGACCGCUGAGUGAUCCUGUCCUUGCAAGUAGCCCGGCCGGUGGUGGUUCGGAAGUCACCUUUUAGCUAUUGGUUCCCAAGUUAAGUUUUAGAGAGGGCUUCUUAGCCCUAACUUUGCCUGGUAAAGAUAUUCUUUGACUUUUUUAAUAACUUUAAAUUUCUCUAGUUGGCUACGCGAAAUCAAAGCCACUACAACUAUACGAAAACUGAAUUGUUUCUUAUAUUGUUAACUUUGUCCUACCAUGUUAGAGUUUGUAGCGGUCGAAAAUAAAAUAAAAAAUGUACUAAGUAGAUUGUAAAAUGCUGUAUUAAAAUAAAUUUAAACUAAUAGAGAGUAAAGAUCAACAAAUUGACAAAGAUUGACUAUGAAGGAGAGUUUAAGUAGGUACCACCCCUCUUAAUCGAUAAUUUUGAAAUUUGGAUUUACAACUUAGUUAUUUGUCAUCUGUGACUACUUGAUUUCUUUUAGCCUACAUUCAACACUUACGGAUCUUUGUUUUUUCUUUUUUUAUGCACAUUACAAAGCUGAUUUUACCGAUAAAUUUCUAUUCAUACACUUUUAUAUUGAAUCUAUUAUUUAUGAAUAUCAAACUCAUGUGAGAAAAUUUAAAUUAAAUUAGUACGGCUACAUUCAUAUAUAUAUAUAUAUAUAUAUAUAUAUAUAUAUAUAUAUAUAGUAAUAACAUUCAAUAAAACUUAAAAAAAAAACUGAAAUAGUCCAAUAAAGGAAGAUAAAAGUGAUGUAUCUGUGAGUUACAAGUGAAUUAAUUAUCUAUAAUAGAUUAUGCCCAACACUGAAUAUUGUGUAAAAAUAACUAGUACAACUAAACAUUUCCAAGUAAUUAUAUACAAGUAAUAAUCGUACGAGCGUAACCAGCACAAGCAUUUGGUUAGUUAACAUAGAAUGAAAAUUAUAGAACCAAAAAAUGUAAUCAGAACAAAGAUGACCAAUUAUAUAUAUUUUUCCAAGAUAUAUACUACUGUGUUAAAAGUUCAUUAUUGACGACUGAUGAUUUGAAAGUAUAACAGAAUUUCAGACAUCUGCCGUUAUUAAAUGUAUUUUAAAAUGUCCAAAAUCUUGAAUUAUGUUAUCAAAGAUAAUAGAUCCUAUUUUUAUAAAAUUUGUUUCAGCUAGUUCAGAGAAACCUUGCAUUGAUAAAAAUAUAACAUAUAACAAACGAAACAGUUCAUUAAAAUUCAGAAAUAAUCUAUGGAUCAAUUAGAGGUGUAUAGUUAACAAAUUAUUGGAGUAAAAGUUAUAAAAACAAGACAGGAAAUGAUGCCUCUACAAUUCUAUAUUAAUCUUAUUCAAAUUCCUUUGCUUAAUAAAUAGAAUUAAAAUACUAAAUACCACAUUUGUAACCAUUUAGAAAAAUAUUUUGAAAUCUGGCUCCAAAAUAGUUGUAAGAAAGUGCCAAUUUGAUUUUAUAUACACAUGAAUAACUGAUUACUACGACAAUUCUAUUGAUUCUAAGUUUUACUUGACCAUUCAACCUAAAGCUAUUAACCUGACAGAAACCAAAAUUAUUGAUUUUUUUAACACUAAUUCACUUAGAGAGUGGUCUGGUAAAAAUAUGUGAAAAAUAGGGUCCAAUAAAUGAUUAAAAGUUUUCUCUGUGCAUUGAAAUAAAAUUUUAAAUACAUGUACGUAACAGACAAAUAUUACUUUGUAUGUAUGUAAAGUCACCUUCAACGCAUUAGGAAAUGAAAAAAAAAAACAAAUUCAGAUGAAAUUGAGGUAUUAAUAAUUAAUUCACUUUAAUAACAAAGAGAAAUUUAAUUUUGAGCACUAUUAUUGGUGCUGUGAUGUAUUGUUUUACUAUUUCAAUUCAAUUCAUUUCAUCUUUAUUCAUUUGUUGUCACAAUAUGAUAACAGGAAUAGUGUCAACAGUAGUAUCACUAGUAUGAUACUAGAAAACUAAAAUACAGUAGUCAUAAACUACAUUAUUAUAAAUGUAUAUAAAUGCAAGCAGCUACUAUUCAUACAGAGAACUGAAAUAUAAAUCUUGACAUUAGUUCUUAUGUACAUAAUUAAACUCUAUUCUAUCUGAUAAACAUUACAGAUCCAGUUAUAAAUUUUAAAAUUAUUCUAAAGAAUAAAAACGCUUUUUCAACAUUAUAAGGUAACGUUUUAAGCUCUUUUUCUUGGUUAAUGUUUUUAAUUGAUUGAGGAAUACAUUUUUAAAAAUUAACACCAUUGUAUGACGCUUUUGAAUAACUCUAAUUUUUGAUAAAGUAAUACUAAAUUACAUUCUUGAAGCUCUUUUCUUAUUGGAAAUUAUAUAUUAAUUUAAACAAACUCCCCAAUAAUAUAAGUUUUUAUUUUUGUGAGGCCUUUCGUACUCAAUGAGAACAUCUUCGGACCCAAUAAUAUAAUAAUAAUAGAUGUAAUAUAUUAUUGGAGAGUUUGUUUAAAUUAAUAUAUAAUACUAAAUUAUUUUUAUAUCUUGUGCCAUAAUUUGUAUAUCUUCAUGUGUUAUAAACUCGUUAAUAUUGUUUUUUAUCGGUAUUAUACACUGCAGUAUAUAUAAACUGUGGACUGUUAAGAUUUUCAAUUCAAUAAAAUAUUAUCUUACGGUCUCGUAAUUCUUAAAUUCAGCAUUGCUCUUAGAGCUCUUUUUUGACAAAUUCGAAUCUGUGUUGGGUUUUUAUUAGAUGUCCCUUCGUAAACACUUAUACCACAUGACACGCGGAAAUUGGAGAUAGGUGUAAAAUACACAUUUUAAUAGUGCUAAAUUACAAAAGAUUCUACCUAAGAAAUAAUCAAUGUGCAGAUCCCAACUCAAAUGCCUGGUAUGAUCCUAUCAAUAGUUUGUUGUAAUAAAAAUUCUUCUUCCUUCUCAAGUAUAUGAACAUUCAAGUAUCUGAGAUCUUCCUGUAUCUACAAAUCUAUUUCCAACACCAUGCGCUCAUUAAAAAUGGUGAACUACGGAUAUGGCAGGUUUAAAGUACAAAUUUUACUUCUUGACACUUCGAAUUUAUUGAUUUGUAUUUUCUUUGUGAUAUUGUUUGUGUAAUUAUAAUAGUGAUAGCAUCUAUAUUAACUUUAGAUGAAUAAAUUUAAAAAAUAGAUUUAUAUUUAUAGGGUAAUUAGUAAAAGUAUGAAACAAAAUGUAAUUAUGUCAAUUACAAGGUAUAAAUAGUGUAAUGAGUAAUCUCCAGACAGAUAAAUGCUUAGUAAUGAAUGAAGAUUAAAAGCAUUAUGCACUUGUAA